AUGAGUGCAUCGUCUUCGCUAAAAUUGCUACUUUUUGGAGAAGCAAAGGAGGUCGCAGCAAAAGAGCUGAGAGAGUUGAUUUUAAGACAAAUACCUGGACUGCUUAGGCUAGAAGAUACAUUACUUUUUGUGCUGGAUCUCGAAACCCUUGAUUGUGGAAAUUCGCAUGACGAUGUGUUUUAUCUCACCUUUGAUGCAAUAAAACCGAGUAAUAUUAUCGAGCUAGUUACCGAUCCCUCGUGUGGUGCAAUCUCGGCAUUUUUCGGUACCACACGUGCAUACGAUGACAAUCGACUUGUAGUACGGUUGGAAUAUGAAGCCUAUGAAUCGAUGGCCUUAAAUGCGCUGCAGUGUAUAAUUGAAGAGGUGCGCACCAAAUUUCCUUGCUUGAAACGGAUAACAGUUGUGCACAGAUUGGGAUCUGUUGCGGUGGAGGAGAUCAGCGUUGCAAUUGCUGUCAGCUCGCCUCAUCGUGCGGCAUCGUUGGAUGCUGUUGCCUACAUCAUCGAGCAGAUCAAGCGCCGUGUUCCAAUAUGGAAAAAGGAAGUCUACAGUGACAACACUUCCAGUUGGAAACGUAACACGGAGUACAAUGUGUAGUUUUUGACCGAGUUGAGAGACUUCGAAACGAAGUUCAUUUUUGCUGUCAACUGAUAGCUUGCGAUGAAUCCCUCCAUGUUUCCAUGCUUCAUAUCGUGUGAAUUCCUCUUAACUUCGCUAUUUUUACUACUCUGUGUUAUAGCUCACUAGUGCCAUGUUUAAUU